UAUAACCCGAAAAAAAGGUCAAGAUUUGGAGUGAAGUUGUUCCUCGUCGUGGAUAGCGCAAUGCAAUUUGUUCUCGAUGUUCUUCCAUAUCAAGGCAAGAGCACGCAGAUAACUGACCGCUCGUGGAUUUCUCUUGUUGGAUUCGGGGGAGCCGCCGUUCUGACUCUUUUGCAGCCAUACUUAGAUGCUGGUCGUCGCAUCAUAAUCGAUAACUGGUUCCACAGCCUCAAAUUAGCAAGGAUGUUGAAAGAUCGUCUCACGUAUGUCUUGGGGACUGUACAAAAAAGACGGAAAGGAAUUCCAAGAGGUGCAAGGAUGACUCGAAAACUCAGAAAAGGAGAGGUUGAAACCUUUAGUGAUGGAGACGUUUUGAUAGAAAGAUGGCAGGACAGGCGGGAAGUGCUUAUCCUCAACACUUUCAUGCCCCAUGGAAUGACGGAAUGGCCCUCCACCAACCCCAACAACCAACGAAUGAAGCCAGAUACAGUUUUACUCUACAACAAGACCAUGGGUGGGGUGGACAAUGUCGACAAAACGAUAAAACCCAACCAAAGUCUCCGCAAGUCAUACAAGUGGUAUAAAAAGGUCGCAUUUUAUUUGGUCGAGCUCUCGGUAUAUAAUUCAAUGAUUAUGUACAAUACGACCCAAAACGAUCAAGUUGGAUUCCGCCGUCUUAAUUACGAAGUGUUCGUCAAAUCAAUAAUCCACAACAUUCUCACGAAGUUCCCCGUAGCACGGAAGCCAAGAGGAAGACCUUCCCAAAGCCGUGUCUCAGUACCCUUAGCGAAUAUGCAUAUUCCAGAACGAGUUAUGAAAGAAAACGGUUACCCAAGCAAAUCCGAUUGUUUCCACUGCAAAACAAAAUUGGGGAAGAGGACGAUUACGCAGUUCAAGUGCCUUGCUUGCGAGAAACGUUUGUGCAUUGGUAGCAGCGUCUUCAACUGUUUCAAAUUUUAUCAUGACGAAAUGUUGCAGUUAUCGCAGCAGCAGGUAUCGCAGCAAGUAGUGCCACUAGCGGAUCGCAACGAGUCACAGAACACUGGACAAAAUUCACCACGUUACGAUUACAAUAACUUGUUUGAAAUAUAUAAUGCAUCCCAAAAUCAUGAUAGUAAUGUCAUCAAUGAUGAUGAUUUACUGUUCGUUUAGUUAAUUGUUGUACUACUAUGAAAAUCAAAUCCCACUGUCAUGUCAAAAAUUUAUAGUGUGUGCCAUUUGGCUCAGUUAUAUUGUUGAUUUAUAAUUGAAAUUUCAUGUUCAAAAAGUGUAUAAUGUUCUAAUUAUUGUUCGCGAAUCAGUUCUUGGUUCGUAAUAAAUCAAAACUGCAUAAGCAGAAUAUUCAAAA